CAUCCUGGCGUUCACAGGCUUUUGGUGGGAAAAUGAGUGUACCUUCCCGCACAUUUAACUCAAAAUCAAACUCUAUAAUACGUAUUUUCUGAUCUUAGCGUUAACAAAAAAGUAGUAGAUAUAUACCAUGUACAUAACGGUGUGAACGGUCUACGCGGAACAGCCCCUCAAGUGUGCUAAAAUCAGGCUCAUUGGAAAAAGUUGCCUAUUGUUUGUUAGCAUGCUAUCAGCCGGUUGCGAUCCCUUCGUGGCGAGGCACGCGCCCGUUUGGUUAACGUGACUCUGAUCAGUGGACCUGUCAAUCAGCUUUUGGCCUGCCGAUCAUCAAUAACAACAACAACAUGCCAGAAAUCAAACUGAAGCAUGUGGUGUCCUGCAGCACCGAGGACUCUACACACAAGGCAGGCAACCUGCUGAGCUCUGACACCUACAGAAAGUGGAAAGCUGCCAAACCCGGGGAGAAGCAGAUAUCAGUCAUUCUGCAGUUUGAGAAGGAAGAGCAAGUGCACAGCAUUGAUAUUGGAAAUGAAGGUUCAGCUUUCAUUGAGGUGUUGGUGGGGAAUUCUUCAGCUGUCAGAGAUCAGGACUAUGAGGUUCUUCUGGUUACAUCUUCCUUCAUGUCCCCCACGGAAAGCCGCAAUGGUACCAACAUGAACCGUGUGCGUUUUUUUGGGCCCAACCAGCUGCAGAAGAGCACAGCCCAGGAGAAGUGGGACAGAGUGAAACUUGUGUGUAGUCAACCAUACAGCAAGAAUAUUGCAUACGGGCUUGCCUUUGUUAAGUUUCAUUCACCACCUGACAAAAAUGAUUCUCCUCCAACUUCCUCCCCAAAACUGACAAAGCUGGGACAGUUCAGGGUGAAAGAUGAGUCUCCUUCAUCCGGGCCCAGCCUUCAACCUGGCAGUCUCUUCUUCAGUCGGGAGAACGCAACAAAAUCCAGCACUUCACUCAAAGCGUCUCCUCAGAGUGAGAAGAUGAGCUACGCUGCUGCUGCUCUGCAAGCAAGUGGCAGCUCCCACUCAUCAGGGCAGGCCUCUUCUUCCACCUCUGCCUCACCACAGCCACCAGCAAAAAGAAAAUUUGAAUUCAGCAAAGAGCGACAGUCUGCCCCCGGCCCCCCUCCUUCAAAGAAAAGCAGCCCAUCCGGUUCACCUGAGGGUAAACCUGCAGCCCCUAAACACAAGCUGAGUUCAGUCAGUACACCCAGCUCAAGCACACCCAAAGCAUCACCGAUGCAGAAAUCUGCUGAAAAGAAGAGGGAGAGUCAGUCUAAACCUGAGCCUAAACCUCAACAGAAGGCAAAAUCCCAGAAAGACCAGCAGGUCCCAUUUAACCGGAUCAUGGAGGGGGUAGUAUUUGUCCUCAGUGGAUUUCAGAACCCCUUCAGAGGGGAGCUGAGGGACAGAGCGCUGGAAAUGGGAGCCAAGUAUCGACCAGACUGGACGCCUGACUCCACACAUCUUAUCUGUGCCUUCGCUAACACCCCCAAGUACAGCCAGGUGAAAUCAGCGGGUGGAACCAUCGUACGUAAAGAAUGGGUGCUGGAUUGCCACAAGAAGAAGCAGAAAAUCUCCUACAAACGGUAUCUGAUGGAUGGAGCAGAAUCAAGCUCUGAGAGCGAACUGGAAAUGGACGACCAGAGUGAAGAGGAAAUUAACACAAAGACGCCGCAGAAGAAGGAGAAACAAGUCACGCCCAAAAAGACACCACAGAAGCAGGAAGAGGAUGAUGAGUAUGCUGGCUCCACUGAUGUGGAUGAACCAGGAGGUGAUGAUGAUGAGGAUGAGUCUGGGGUGGACACAGAGGAUGAGCUGCAGAGGGUGGAAGAGGACAGAAGAAAGAAGAAAGCAGCGUUAGAAGGAAGAGUGGUGAAGGACGAGGAUCCGUAUGGGGGGUCGACGGAUGAAAACACAGACGCUGAAGCUGAAGAGGACCAUCCCAUCCCCGAGCUACCAGAUUUCCUGAGUGGAAAGCAUUUUUUCCUCUAUGGUAAAUUCCCCAACAAUGAGAGGCGACUGCUGUUACGAUACAUUGUUGCCUUUAAUGGAGUCAUCGAGGACUACAUGACAGAGAAGGUGCAGUUUGUGUUGACCAGUGAAGGGUGGCAUGACUCCUUUGAAGACGCGCUGAUGGAGAACACCAGUCUGAAUUUUGUCAAGCCGGAAUGGAUUUAUGCAAUCAAUGCACGACAAAAGAUGCUGCCCUAUCAGCCCUACACUGUCGUCCCUUGAAUUAUACACUGUAUGUAGUGUGCAGCCGCGCACUCCCGAUGAAGGAGCAGCAGGAAAAGCCAUAAACACAUUUUCCUUUUCAGAUAAACUUCUACACUCUGAAGGAGCAAUAAGUCAACUGUUUGUUGUUAUUGUUGAUGCCUUUAUAUUGGACUUAUGGACACAAAAUUUCUUUACCUCCAGCAGUUUUCUCUACCAAUGUUUACCACAAGCCAAGCUGGUGAAGACUGUUCACUAAAUAGUGGUUCUUUCUUGGGGUUAUCGUUAAGAUUAAGUAUAGAUUUAUUUCUAGAUUUUGCUCUAGAGGGUCGUUAGUCCCAGCUCGCCCAGAAAUCAAUUUCAUCAUCAUCAUCAUCAUCUGUGUGCUGCUCAGUCUCUCGGGCUUUGUGAAUGAAGCACACACUCUGGUUCAAGAGUUGUUUGAAUUUCUCACUUCCUGUGCUGCAGUUUGUUGCUGCUCGCCUCAGCUACCUCAGGCACUGUCUGGAAAUGAGUUAUCACCCUGUCCUGGCUGCUAGCAGCACUGAUGAUACACCUGUGGUGUAAGUGGGAAGACUAUUACGAGAUCAACCCAAAGUCGGGUGAAAGAUGUCAGUUAUUUAAGGUUACAGCCACAAAAAAAAAAGAAAACUGAAGGUGAAUAUUAGGAAAAUCUUUUUCUUCUUUUUAUUUCAUCAAAUACUGGGAGUGAUAAAAUGAUUUCUUUUUCUUGUUAAAUUUGAAUUUUGGAUUUGGUUUUAUUCAUGUUUGUAGUAUAAGUAUUGGCUGUACUGGUGUGAGGACAUAAGUGUUUCCAUCGCUUUUAAGAUUCUCAGUAAUUCACAUGGAAAUGUCCAGCUUAGCUUCCGCUUUGCUCUUUGUCCAGAGUGACUUCUUUAAUUAUCUUUCUCUAACCUUUUUUUCCUUGUAAUACCUAAU